UGUCCUGCCCAUCUACCUCAGUGUUCAACCAGCAAAAGUUUAGACUAGAUAUGAAUCACAAUGUUUAAUAACUGUGGCCAAAGUGCCUGUUAUAGUACAAAAACAGUAUACUCCACUUGAACUGUGAGAAAUUGUGAUCAACGAGUGACACAAUGUGGAAACUAGCUUUUACCCUAUUUAUACCCCUAGUAACUUCCUCAUUCGUCUGGAAACAUCACAACAACAAAGAGCUCAAAGAUGUUUUGGACUCGGUACAUACAAAGUGCCCAUCUAUUACACGAGUCUAUAUGCUGAAUAGAAAGUCGGUACAAGGGGUGCCACUUUACGUUAUACAAUUUUCCAUGAUGCCAGGAGUCCACCAAUCAAUGAUCCCAGAGACAAAGUAUAUUGCAAACAUGCAUGGGAAUGAAGUACUCGGACGAGAAUUACUAUUAAAAUUAGCAGAUUAUCUAUGUGAGGAAUUUAACAAUGGCAAUGAAGAUAUUCAAAAGCUGAUUAAACUAACAAGCAUCCACUUGCUGCCGAGUAUGAACCCUGAUGGCUGGCAGGUGUCCACCGAUUUUGGUGGUAAGGACUAUUUGCUUGGAAGAGAGAACAACAACAGCAUCGACUUGAACCGAAACUUCCCAGACCUCGACAGAAUAAUGUUUACAAAUGAAAACGGACACCUGGAGAACAAUAAUCACCUUCUCCCUUUGGUCGACAGGCUAUCUCAGCCGAUUCAACCUGAGACCAAAGCUGUGAUUCAAUGGAUAAUGUCAAUUCCAUUUGUAAUAUCAGCCAAUUUCCAUGGAGGCGAUCUGGUAGCCAACUAUCCAUACGAUGAAAGCCGGAGUGGUGCCAUGACUGAGUACUCAACUAGCCCUGAUGAUGCCACUUUCAGGCAUUUGGCUCAAGUAUACGCCAACAAUCAUGCUGACAUGGCUGACCCAAGAAAAGAAGGCUGCGGCUACAGGGGAUACAAUUUCGGCAAGCAAGGAGGGAUAACGAACGGUGCAGCCUGGUACAGUGUCGACGGUGGUAUGCAAGAUUUCAACUAUCUAUCUUCGAACGACUUCGAAAUCACCAUCGAACUUGGAUGCGACAAGUACCCGGACGCGUCACAACUGGAAAAAGAAUGGGAGAGGAAUCGUGAAGCGCUUUUGGCCUUCUUGUGGCAGGCACAUAUUGGCGUCAAGGGUCAGAUAAGGGAUGCGGUGACAGGUGAGCCGAUAUCAAAAGCAAUAAUUCACGUCAGAAACGUCACUGAUGAAGAAUACGACAUAAUGCACGACAUCUCAUCAGUCUACAAAGGCGAUUACUACAGAUUGCUGACUCCAGGGGUGUACGAAUUGACCGUCGUGUAUCCGGGCUAUCUGCCAAAAUAUAAAAAGGUGGAAGUCAAGUAUGAGCCGAAGACGCCCGCCCAGCUGGUCAACUUCGACCUGGUUCCUCUACCAACGAUCCCCUCGGAGAAAAACGGCAACUUGGAAUACAAUCUGUACGACGAGAAUACCGCUCUGAAGAGGAAAAGAUUUCUAUUCGAUAAUGUUCUAGGGGUCUAAGAUAGCACAAUUACAAAGAUUUUCAUUUUAUCGAGUAGAAGCGUGCAGUGAAAAUAAAAAUAAAAAUACCUUGUCACUUGUACAUACCAUUCAUAUCCACUAUUUUUUCUUGUAAAUAAUAUCAAACAUUUAAUAGAUGAAUAAAAAAAACUAUGUUAUACAAUAAAAAAUUUAAAGAGGAAAUAUUUAUUUUAUAACCAAUACUUAAAAUCUAUUUAUGAAAUUUAUUAGACACAGGUUGUUAAAUUUUUAUAUUCUAUUUUUAGCUUUUAUUUUAUCCAACCCUUAAUAUAUUUUAUGUUGUGUAAUAGAUAAUUUAAUAAAAAUGAACGCAAUGAAUAAAA